CGAAAACGUAUUAACCACAAAUGUCAAAAAUUUUUUCGUGAACACAAAUUAAGUCAUAAAUAGUUUAAUACAGAGCAAAUUAACCAAAAAUUUUUUUUGUAUCAAUCAAGAAACAAUGGACUCUGAGGAAGAAACGUACGACGAUGUGGAUUCAGGCAACGAAUCGAGUGGCGACGACGUCGAUUUUGCCAUGGAAGUCGAAGUCACUCACAGAGAUAAACAAACAGACUCCGAUGAUUAUCCGUACGAAGUAUUCAGCACCGAAGAAAUAGUCCAACACAUGGUCGAUUCCAUUAAAGACGUGAACUCCGUAGUUGAGAUUCCGACCACCACCACUAGGAUACUGUUGAAUUACUUCCGCUGGGACAAGGAAAAACUGAUGGAGAGGUUCUAUGAUCCGGAUCAGGACCAAGAUCAACUUUUCUCUGAGGCUCGAGUAGUUAAUCCCUUCAAACAGUUAGCUAUUAGCAAUAAAACUAAGAUUGAGAAGAAGUCAAACAAUGCCACAGAGGAAUGCGAGAUCUGUUUUAUGGUGUUGCCAUAUUCGCAUAUGACUGGGUUGGAGUGCGGCCACAGGUUCUGUACUCAUUGCUGGGGUGAAUAUCUAACUACGAAAAUAAUGGAGGAGGGAAUGGGACAAACUAUCGCUUGCGCAGCUCACGGUUGUAACAUAUUGGUAGACGAUGCGAGUGUCAUGAGACUAGUCCGCGACUCCAAGGUCCGACUGAAGUACCAGCACUUAAUCACCAACAGCUUCGUCGAGUGCAACCGUCUGCUGAGAUGGUGCCCGUCGCCGGACUGCAGCAUGGCCAUCAAGGUGCAAUACGUCGAGCCGCACCGCGUCACCUGCAAGUGCAAUCACACGUUCUGCUUCGCCUGCGGCGAGAACUGGCACGAUCCGGUCAAGUGUCAUCUGCUCAAGAUGUGGAUCAAGAAGUGCGACGACGAUUCGGAGACCAGUAACUGGAUAGCGGCCAACACCAAAGAGUGUCCACGGUGCAACGUGACGAUUGAGAAGGACGGCGGCUGCAAUCACAUGGUGUGCAAGAACCAGAACUGCAAGGCCGACUUUUGCUGGGUGUGUCUGGGACCCUGGGAGCCGCACGGCAGCUCGUGGUACAACUGCAACAGAUACGAUGAGGAUGAGGCGAAGGCAGCUCGCGAUGCGCAGGAGAGAUCGCGGUCGGCGCUCCAAAGAUAUCUUUUCUAUUGCAACCGCUACAUGAAUCACAUGGCGUCGUUAAAGUUCGAACACAAGUUGUACGCGUCGGUCAAGGAGAAAAUGGAGGAGAUGCAGCAGCACAACAUGAGCUGGAUCGAGGUCCAGUUCUUGAAACGGGCAGUCGAUAUAUUGUGUCAGUGUAGGCAGACACUGAUGUACACGUACGUGUUUGCCUACUACUUGAUGAAGAAUAACCAGUCUGUGAUUUUCGAAGAGAACCAAAAGGAUUUAGAAAGUGCUACUGAGACUCUGUCUGAAUACUUGGAGAGGGAUAUUACGUCUGAAAAUCUUGCGGAUAUUAAACAAAAAGUACAGGACAAAUACAGGUAUUGUGAGGGUAGAAGAAAGGUGCUUUUGGAGCACGUACAUGAGGGAUAUGAGAAGGAAUGGUGGGACUACAAUGUUUGGGCUUAAUUGUCUACUCUGUAACUAGAACAGUUUAGUAUUUAUAGAAUAUGAUAAAUACCUAGUUACCUCAUUACAAGUCGGAAUCUCACUCUCAAAUCCGUACUUACGUGUAAUAUUUAUUUUAUUUUUUUCGGUCUACGUACAAUAUCCUAUCGAUAAUGUACACGAUGGAGCAUUCUUGAUGAGUUUGGUGUCCUAAAUGGAACUUAAAGUUCUAGAUAGUUGUAUUAAUCGGAAAUUUAGAGUUUUUAAACACCCUCUGUAAAUGCAUUGCAUUGAAAAUGGCCCACCCAUAAUAUUAUUUCGAAGAGUUAGCCUAUAAAUAAUUGGUAGAACGCAUCAUGGUAAACAUUAUCUAUCAAAUAGUAUAAAUAUCAAGUAUGUGUUUUACUCAAAGUAUAUAUUUCUUCAGCAAUGUGAUACUAUUUAACAAAUUGUUACCCUAAAUUAUUUAAUUAUCACAUAUUUAUAAAAAAAUUGUUGUUUUAAAAAUAGGAUAUAUUAAGAAUGAUGUUCUUAUUGUUACAAAUUGUUUGUAAAACAGAAACCAACUUCUGGCAUACUCACUAUACAAUAUUUAUAUUCUUUUACUUAUACACAUUAUUAUACCUUUUAUUGUCAUGACAUGACCAUUUUCAAUUUAAUAACAACUCCGUUUUAUAUUCUUUAUACAAAAUACAUAUCUAUUCUAUAUUGUAAUAUUAUUUUUGACAUAAAUAUAAAAUUUUAAAUUAUUGACGUUUUCUCAAAUAACCAAACCAAAUCUAAGUCUAGAACUGUGUAAAAACAUUUUAAGCCGGCUUUUGGCGGUGACCUAAAGCUUCAUAGCCCCAUCGAAGUGUAACAUGAGUGAGAUGAAUCUUAUGUGAUACAUCCCACCUUUUUGUUAAAUUAUUUCUGUGUGAUAUAUUAGGAACAUCAUGCAUAUUGUAAAAUUAAUUUUUCGCGCAUACAGCUCUUCAAAUCUUAUUUCUGUCCAGCAACAGCAUUUAACUGAUCAUUAUUCUUGUAGAUCGAAAUAAUGUUUGUUGAGAAUAAUUUCUGCACACUAAUUUAUUUGAUUUAUCAAAAGUUUCACUACAUUUCAGUUAUGUGGAAGAUUGACGUCUCCAGCAUUCGAUUAACUGGCUUUUUCUGAAAAAUUGUAAUAUCAUUUUGGUUUAACGGUAAAUAUAUGUUCUUUUAUUUUCGCUAUUUUGUAAAUAAUUCACUUAAAUUAUAGUUUAUUACUACUAUAGAUAUAUUAAUAAAAAAGAUGACGUA